AUGAGCUCACGUAUCUCUCCGGCUGAGCACAACAACACCUUUUACUACGGAGUUGCCAAUUAUGUCUUCACAGAACAUUGGGACAGCUGGUCAGUACAAGUUGGAGCUGCAAAGUCGGUGUAUGUAUCAUUCGGAAUAUAUCCCCAUAUUGCUGCCAGAGGAGUCAGUCACAAGCAACUUGAGGACUUGGACCACCUGUUGGGAAACUACAAGUGCGUAUACGUAGCAGUCGGCGAAAUAGGCCUUGACUUCACAACCAGGUGCGGAUGCAAGCGAUGUCACACUCCACAGCAAUGUCAGCAGCGAAUGCGGGACUGCCAGGAAAAGGCCUUGUUGGAGAUGCUGCAUAUAGCACAGCGCCGACAGUUGCCUGUCAUCUUGCACUGUCGUGAUAGAGGUUAUGGUGAUGCUGCAGCCCGUGUAUUGGCCAUCAUUCGCAAUGGGUUUGCUGAAUUGCACUACCAUCGCCAUUGCUUUGAUGGUAGUAUAGAGGAAUUGAGGGAAUGGCAAAGCCUUCCAAAUGUUGUGUUUGGAAUCACGGGAAAGUUUUUAAAGGACACGAACGCCAACAGUGAUGCGAUCUCAAGGAUCUUACCACAUCAGUUAAUCCUUGAGUCUGAUGCCCCGUUUCUUUCGCCAAGGUCAUGUUGUGAGGUGAACCAUCCCUGGAAUUUAAUAGAUGUUGCUUUGGCAGUGAGUCAGCGCAGAAACAUUCCGUUGAACAUUCUAAACUGGAUGGCUAAUGAUAAUGCCCUCCGAUUCUACAGUAUCCCAAAGUUGAGACAAGAGCCAGCUAACUGGGGCCCUAGGCCUCGUUAG